AGGCGGGUAGUGAUCAGAAAGGGAAAAGAAAAUAAGAAUUGUUUUAACGUAAUCACUUUUCUAAUAAUUAUUCCCGUGAUUUUUUUUUUUUUAUUAAACCGAACACCCUGGUGUUGUGUGUGGCUCAGCUGUCAGUUGUUUUUUUGUGCAGUGGCAUUAAAGUUGGGGUCAUUUUUUUAAAUUAUUAUUUCUUUAACUUUUUUAUGCUGCGUGAUAGCCAUUUUUGUUAUUUGAUGUUUGCAUGAUCUCCACAAACAAGUAUGGCAAAGCCUACGAGGAACAAGAAACCUGUAGACUAUUCAUAUGUUGGUGAUUUUGAAGAUGAAGAUGAAGAGUUUGCCUAUGUAAAAGCACCUCCUAGCAAAAAGCCAAGAGUGGCUCCCAAAGAACCAGAGCGACAGAAGAAGCUGAAGACCACGAACAAGCCCCCUGGUCAGGAGUGUGGUGGAUCUCUGGGGAAACCUUGUGAGGAAAGGUUACUUGUGGAUGACAGUCUUUAUCAAAGGGAUUUGGAGGCUGCUUUAACUUUGUCAAUGCUGCAAACAACUGAAGAAAACUUUGCAGUCAGUCUACCAAAAGAGAGAGAUAAUGUCGUUCAUGCAGACUCUGAAGUUGCAAAGAUGGAUGGGGCCCCAUUACUUUCAAACUGCAGUGUGAAUAUUAACCUUUUAGGCCUGGAUAAGAUCACAGAUGAUAAUGACACCUCCGGUCGUAACAGACAAAGGCAAGCAGCCUCAAAGGCAGCAAUACAACAGAGAAAGAUGCUGCUGGAUAAUGAAGGUGAUGGUGACGGAGAUCAGGAUGAGGAUUAUGAGCCAGGUGCUCCAGAUGUUGGUUCAGAGAGCGACCCUGAUUUCAGUGAUGAAGAAGAGGAUGUUGAAGAGUUCAUAGUUAAAAAGGGGGCAAAAGUGAAAGAAAACAAGAAGGAGGCCAAAAUAAAAGCACAAAGUUCAAAGAAAGAAAAGAAACCUCUUAAAUCCAGGCUCAGUGCGACAGAUGUUGGUUCAGAGAGUGACCCUGAUUUCCGUGAUGAAGAGGAGGAUGUUGAAGAGUUCACAGUUAAAAAGGGGGCAAAAGUGAAAGAAAACAAGAAGGAGGCCAAAUCAAAAGCACAAAGUUCAAAGAAAGAAAAGAAACCUCUUAAAUCCAGGCUGAGUGCGACAGGUACACCUGCAGCUGCAAGCCCAGCUCCCGCCACAUCUCUUCCCAUAUUGAUGAAGCCCUCGAACGCGACCCUCGCAGCCUCCAAACCUCUCCAGGUUCAGAGCCCAUCUGGUGCCAGGAAGCCCAAGUGGACCCCGCCAGCGCAAAUUGGAAGAAGCCCAAACACCUCUGAAAAUCUGGCAGUAAAAUCUCCAAGCCAAGGCCUCCGACUUGGACUGUCCCGGUUUGCCAGAGUGAAGCCGUUGCACCCGGGUGCAGCCAGUGACUGAACUCCUUUUAGCCUGGGCCCUCCUUCAAGAACCCUUUUUCUGGAGUGUGGUUUUUAUACCUCCAUGAACAAGUUGAUGAUAUAUAUAUACAGUGCCUUGCGAAAGUAUUCGGCCCCCUUGAACUUUGCGACCUUUUGCCACAUUUCAGGCUUCAAACAUAAAGAUAUGAAACUGUGAUUUUUUGUGAAGAAUCAACAACAAGUGGGACACAAUCAUGAAGUGGAACGAAAUUUAUUGGAUAUUUCAAACUUUUUUAACAAAUAAAAAACUGAAAAAUUGGGCGUGCAAAAUUAUUCAGCCCCCUUAAGUUAAUACUU